GAGUGAGAUCUAGCCUUUGCCCUUUUCCUUGACAAGAGAGUGCUGUUCUUGUCCUCUUUCUUUCCAUUUUAUUGUGGGAUUGUUCCAUCUCCAUCUCUUUCCAUGAGAGGAGGAAGAGGGGUUUGGAUUUCUUUGGCAUAAGUGAGGGCAUAUAAUAAAGGAGGGUGUACAGAGUAAAGAUCACAUGGGAGCUUUUUGGCAUGUGACAGCUCCUUUUGGGUUUCUGGUUCCACCCUUUCUCUAUUUUUCAUGAAACCCAACUGAGCGCCUCUCACUUCCUUCUUCCAACUACUUGGAAUAUCUCAGUUAUUUUUUCCACCAUUUUCUUGCAGGAUUCUCUUCAUUCAUCUACGUUCUCUCUCAUUCUGUCUCUUCUGCCUGUUCAUCCUCAUCUAUUUGUUGCUAGUCCUGCUCUCUUUCCUAGCCAUAAAAAUGCAAUCCAUGGUUUGAAACACCCAGUUCUAUUUUUUGUUGUGAAGGAACAGAAAUCAUAUAGAUCUAACUGAUUCUUUUUCUCUACUGUUUUUUUUCUUCAUUAAAUUCCAAUGUGUUUGUUUGGUUGUUUACUGACUUUCAUGUAAAGAGUGACAACACGUUUUCUUCUUCAUCUUCCUAGCCCACCUUCUUUCAAAGUUGGUACACAAAAUCCCUUUGUCUCAACUUGUCUCUCAUUGCACCUCAUAAAUAUAUUACAAUAUAAAAUAUCAACUUCUUCCAUCUCUCUCAUGGAGUUUGCUCUGUUCUGCACUAGAGUCAAUGCCCUUGUUCUCCUUCUAGCUCUUUGUUCUCCAUACAAGUUCAUUCAGAGCCCCAUGGACUUUGGGCCCUUGAACUUUCUUCAGACCACAAACACAGCAUCCCUUGACUUUGGGAGGAUCCUCUUCAACUCUCCCUCAGCAGUCCUCAGGCCUCAAUCCCCCAGAGACAUCUCUCUUCUACUCAGCUUCCUCUCUGCUUCAUCCUACAGCAAGGUCACAGUUGCAGCAAGAGGAGCAGGUCACUCCAUCUAUGGCCAAGCCCAAGCACUUGACGGCAUUGUUAUUGAGAUGGACUCCAUUCCCUCCAACGUAGUAAUCCGCGAGAAAGGAGAAGAUGAGGCUGGCUUCUCCUAUGCUGAUGUUAGUGGUGGGGCUCUUUGGAUUGAGCUGUUGGAGGAGAGCUUGAAGUUUGGGCUGGCCCCAAGGUCUUGGACUGAUUACCUCUAUCUCAGCAUUGGUGGGACUCUCUCCAAUGGUGGUAUCAGUGGCCAGACUUUCAAAUAUGGCCCUCAAAUCAGCAAUGUCCUGCAACUAGAAGUGGUAACAGGAAAAGGAGAGGUGGUGACAUGCUCACCCAACAAAAGUUCAGAUCUUUUUUAUGCAGUCCUGGGUGGGCUAGGCCAGUUUGGCAUCAUAACAAGUGCCAGAAUCCUGCUACAAGAGGCUCCACAUAAGGUGAGAUGGGUGAGAGCCUUUUAUGAGGACUUCAGUACCUUUAUCAGUGACCAAGAAUUGCUGGUCUCCAUGCCAAACUUGGUGGACUAUGUUGAGGGCUUCAUAGUUCUCAAUGAACAGUCCCUCCACAGCGCUUCUAUUGCCUUCCCUGCCCACCUAGACUUCAUCCAUAAGUUCCAGAGCAAAGGCAGCAGCUCUAAAGUCUACUACUGCGUUGAGUUUGCUGUCCAUGACUACCAAACCAAGGGCACUGAUGUAGAACAAGUUGUGGAGGAGAUUUCAAGGCUGUUGAGCUACUUGCCCUCUCACAUCUACAGUGUGGAGGUCUCCUACUUUGAUUUCCUCAACAGAGUCAGGAUGGAAGAAAUGAGCCUUAGAGGGAGAGGCCUAUGGGAUGUUCCCCACCCUUGGCUUAACAUGUUUGUGCCCAAGUCUGGGAUCAAAGAGUUCAGGGACUUGCUGAUGGAGAAUAUUUCCUCUGAUGACUUUGAGGGCCCUCUUCUCAUUUAUCCACUCAUAAGAGACAAGUGGGACAUGAACAUGUCUGUAGUGUUGCCGGAGGCCGUCCGCGAACAGGUGGUGUAUGUGGUGGGAGUUCUCCGCUCGGCCAGUCCGGCCAGCUGCUCCACCCAUUGCCUCAACAACCUCCUCCACCGCCACCGCCAUGUCGCAGAGACUGCUUCUAGGCCUCACAUAGGAGGCAAGCAGUAUCUGGCCCACCACCCCUCUACAGCCCAUUGGCAGGACCACUUCGGCCCACGUUGGGACCAGUUCAAGGCCCGCAAGUCCCGGUUCGACCCACUUAGCAUUCUGGCCCCGGGCCAUGGCAUCUUUCCAAGGCUCUAUGCCCCUUCACAUUGAUGUCCAUAUAUGUCUCUCGACAGAGAGAAAUUAAUGCCACUGUCAUUAUAAGAACUACAUAUAUACUAUAAAUGGUUAGAGAAAGGGGUAGGAAGAGAAGGUUGGAAACUCUUUUGGUGAUCCAGCUCUGUUCUUGAGUUUCUUUUAUGGGGAUAACUUUUUUGCUUUCGUUCAUAUUAUGAAAGUUUUGGAGAGGACCCAUGUAAGAGAUUUAGGAAUAAUGUACAGGGAAGGGAGUGGAUCACCUGAGAGAGAGGAAGUUGGAGAGAGAUGGGCAUAUUAUUCUGCUUAGUUUAUGAAAAAAAUGUCUUUUUUUUCCCCAUUUCUUCAAAGUUCCAGUCUGGUUUUCUUUA